UUCUCCGCGGUCUCCUCUCCUCUCGUCGCGCCUCUUCCUCCAGUCGCCGCACUGCCAAAAAAACCCCUCGAAAAACCCUGGGUCCCUACGCCUCCCUCGUCAUGCUGCGCCGCCUCCGCCUGCGCUCGCUGGGGAGGGCGGCGCCGGCCCUCGCCGGCGCGGCCGCUGCUGUGGCGUCCCUCACCAACGUCGCCUACGCCGACGGCGCCUCCCUCUUCCGCCGCCACUCCGAGCCGUCGAAUCCGGGCGACGCGAACAAUUUGGGGGCCACCGCGUUCGGCCGCGACCCCGAGACCCUGGAGCGCAUGGCCCGCGCGCUGCGGGAGAUCAACAGCUCGCCGCUCGCCAAGCAGGUGUUUGAGCUGAUGCGGAAGCAGGAGGAGACGCGCCUCGCGGAGCUGGAGGUCGAAAAGGUGCAACACGCCAUCAACGAGAAGCUGAGGGACAUCGAGAGGAAACAGAAAGAUGCUGAAGAUUACAGAAAUAAUUUGCAACAACAAGCACAAGCAAAAGCGCAAUCAUUACGCUAUGAGGAUGAAUUAGCUAGAAAAAGAAUGCAGGCGGAGCGUGAGGUACAAAGGCGACAAGAUGCCGAACUUGUGAAGAUGCAAGAGGCAUCUGCCAUCAGGAAAGAAGAAGCUAGGCGCGCCACAGAACAGAAGAUUUUAGAAGAAAUGAUACAGACUGAGAAAGAAAAGGCUAAAGCAGAUCAGGAAACAGACAGAAUUAAAGCUUUAGCAGAUGCAGAAGCUCGAGCUCAUGAAGCGAGGGAACUAGAAGAAAUUACAAGGAGAACGAUGGUGGAAAAAAUGAAGGGUGAAAAAGAAAAGUGGCUCGCUGCAAUAAAUACAACCUUUUCACAUGUUGAAGGUGGGUUCAGAAUGCUGUUGACUGAUAGGAGUAAACUAAUGAUGGGUAUUGGAGGAGUUACUGCACUGGCUGCUGGAGUUUAUACUACUAGGGAAGGAGCAAGGGUUACAUGGGGUUACAUCAAUAGAAUCUUGGGUCAGCCUUCGCUGAUCCGUGAAUCAUCAAUGCCAAAGUUCCCACUGCCAAUGUCUAGGUUGCUCAAACCUAGCUCAGCAUCUUUGUCAAGCGGAGCGGGCUUUGAGAAUGUCAUUCUGCACCCUUCACUCAAGCGGAGGAUUGAACAUCUUGCACGAGCUACUGCAAAUACAAAGUCUCACGGUGCACCAUUCCGCAAUAUGCUUUUCUACGGACCUCCUGGAACUGGCAAAACUUUAGUAGCCAGGGAGAUGGCUCGCAAAUCUGGCCUGGAUUAUGCCAUGAUGACGGGAGGAGAUGUUGCGCCCUUAGGAUCAGAGGCCGUUACCAAGAUCCAUCAGAUAUUUGACUGGGCUAAGAAGUCCAAGAAAGGGAUGCUGGUUUUCAUUGAUGAAGCUGAUGCGUUCUUGUGCGAGCGGAACAGUAUCCAUAUGAGCGAAGCUCAGCGGAGUGCUCUCAAUGCAUUAUUGUUUCGAACCGGUGACCAGUCCAGGGACAUUGUCCUUGUCCUUGCAACAAACAGACCUGGUGACCUUGAUGCUGCAAUCACGGACCGUAUUGAUGAAGUCAUAGAGUUCCCCCUACCUGGGGAGGAGGAGAGGUUCCAACUGCUCAAGUUAUACCUGAACCAGUAUAUACUCAAGGAAGAGGGCAAAGGCUCUUCCUUGGGCGCAUUGUUCAAGAAGCAGCAGAGGAAGAUACAGGUGAAGGACAUUAGCGAUGAUUUGCUGAAGGAAGCUGCACGGAAGAUCAAUGGCUUCUCUGGCAGGGAGAUUGCAAAGCUGAUGGCUAGUGUGCAAGCUGCUGUUUAUGGCCGACCAGACUGUAUAUUGGAUCCCCAGUUGUUUUCGGAAGUUGUUGAGUACAAAGUGACUGAGCAUCACCAACGCAUCAAGCUUGCUUCUGAGGGUAUGCCUUGAUCAGCAAGAAAGAUUUACCUGGAAGCUUGGAUCUUCAUAUGGAUGUUCAAGUUUUGAGAGAUUAGGUAUGAAGAUGAGGAACAAUCACCUCCCACUGACUUCAGUAGUAAUGGAUGUUUUGGAUUCCGGUGGAGAUUUCUGAAAAAUCAUUUACGUGAAGGGUCUGUUUCCACCAGUUUUGUUCCAUAUGGUCGCUUGCUUGUAGCAAGAGUUGUCCGUCCGAGGGACACAAGUAGGCCGGAGCUGUGCUCAAACUGAAAUUAGUUGUUCACUCAUUAUAGUAGGUUUGCACUGUCUCCUGAGCCUAUUGAUUUAACCAUUCUUGGUUGCACUUUACGCUUGUUUAUGCCAGGGAAAAAGGAGCCAAUAAUUUAGGUGAUUGUUCUAUUU